AUGGAAGUAGAAGAAACCAGUCCAAGUCAACCUUCAUCAUCUUGCCCCACGAUUAUUGCCAGUGAAAAGUCAGUAUUGUUGUCGGAGCAAUCAUUAAGUUUAGCUACUAAUUUUGGUUCGGAUUUAUCGUAUGAACCUCCAAUGCCGGUUGUAAAAACACCAAAAAUUAAUGUUUUAACUGCAGAGCUCAUUGCUGUACUUGACAGAACUAAUUGGGGAGAUUUUGUCGCGGGGGGAUUUUGUCUUGGGGAGGUUUUGUCGGGGAGAUUUUGUCUUGGGGAGAUUUCGUCGCGGGGAGAUUUUAGGGGGGAGAUUUUGUCGGGGAGAUUUUUUCCGGGGAGAUUUUGUCGUGUCACCUGUAUUAUGUAUCUUAAGAUGGAGAAGCAAAUUUAUUUAAUUGGUUAUCAAAUUACAAAAUUUGUAGGAAGUAAACUGCCGAGCUUAAAAGAGGUUAUGUUUCUUUUCUUUCAUUAUCAUUGUUCUCAAAGCUUGACUAUUAAGAAAAGUGCAUUAAUUACGAUUGAGAAUGUAUUCGAUUUAUCGUCUGAAGCUGGAAUUCCGACUUGUGCGAAAAAUUCUGCAGUAAGAAUACUCAUUCGCCAUCACACUGUUGGGAAAAAUUUGCUAAAAAAUAAAAAUCAAAAGCUGUCAUCUACUCAAAAAAAAAAAGUUUCUAUUUUUUGUGCCGAUAUUGAGAAAUUAUUCGACAUAGCACAUCACAAAGUAAUGAAACUCAUUAAUGAAAAUCAAAAGUUAUUUUUGCAAGGCCAAAUCGACGAGGUUUUCUCCACAUUAAUCCUCCAGUAA